AGCUCUGUCUCUCUCUCUCUUGCAGUUGCAUUGCCCUCUGCCAAUUCUAGCUAGGUAGUAGUAGCCGCACGGCGUCAGCUGCAAUGGCCACGUUCGCAAGGCCGACGGCCCUGCUCGCUCUCACCGCCGCCGUCCUCAUCGGCGUCCUCGUCGGCGGCGGCGCGGAAGCGCAACAGCUCUCCCCAAACUUCUACUCCAGUACGUGCCCGAGCGUGGCCACCAUCGUGCGGCGGGGGAUGGCGUCGGCCGUGCAGAAGGAGCGGCGCAUGGGCGCCUCCAUCCUCCGCAUGUUCUUCCACGACUGCUUCGUCAAUGGAUGCGACGGCUCCAUCCUGCUCGACGACACGCCGACCUUCACCGGCGAGAAGGGCGCCGGCCCCAACGCCAACUCCGUGCGCGGCUUCGAGGUCAUCGACGCCAUCAAGGCCCAGGUGGAGACCUCCUGCAGGGCCACCGUCUCCUGCGCCGACAUCCUCGCCCUCGCCGCCCGCGACGCCGUCAACCUGCUGGGCGGCCCGACGUGGAGCGUGCCGCUGGGGCGCAAGGACUCGCGCACGGCGAGCCAGAGCCUGGCGAACGCCAACCUCCCUGGCCCGGGGUCCAGCCUCGCGACCCUCAUCUCCAUGUUCGGCAACCAGGGCCUGUCGGCGCGCGACAUGACGGCGCUGUCGGGGGCGCACACCAUCGGGCGGUCGCAGUGCCAGUUCUUCCGCACCCGCAUCUACACCGAGAGCAACAUCAACGGCAGCUUCGCGGCGCUGCGGCGGCGGACGUGCCCGCGCUCGGGGGGCGACGCCAACCUGGCGCCGUUCGACGUGCAGACCCCCGACGCGUUCGACAACGCCUACUACCAGAACCUGGUGGCGCGGAAGGGGCUCCUGCACUCGGACCAGGAGCUCUUCAACGGCGGGUCGCAGGACGCGCUGGUCAGCCAGUACAGCGGCAGCCCCUCGCAGUUCGCUGCCGACUUCGUCACGGCCAUGAUCAAGAUGGGCAACCUGCUGCCGUCGUCGGGGACCAGGACAGAGGUCAGGCUCAACUGCAGGAAGGUCAACUAAUUGAUUGAUGUGCGGUGAAUGGCAUGCUUGUGUGUACUUGGUGUUACUGGUCAUCGAUCGAGGCCUUGGGAACCAAGGGUUGUUUUAGCCAGAUAGAUGUGUGUGUGUGUGUGUAGGGGGAUUGCAAGCAAGCAAGCAAGCACUGGUCUGCUUAAGCUGUCGGGCAGGGAGUGUAAUAAGACAUGGUAUAUCUAUGUCAAUUACAUGAUUCAUAGUAAUAUGCAGAAGCUUUAAUUUGUCA